GGGACUCCGGUCGGAUCGCAGCCGGCAGCGGCGAAAGAGGCUGGGCCCGGGGCUCGGCGGGCUCCCCAGCCUCUGUGCGGGGCGCCUAGGAGGCAGUGAACUCCCUCAGGGAGGUCCGGCCGCCGGCCGCGAGCCGCGCCCGGGCGGUUGCCAAGGGCCCGUCCCGUCAGCGGGGUUAGUUGCUAGGACCUCCAUCUUGAGGCCGGCGGCCGCGGCGCCCCCGGAAGGGGUUGCCGAGCGGGGCAUUCACUUCCGGUCUGGGGCCUGCGGCGGCGGCGGUGGCGGCGGCGGCGGCAGCGGGUCGGUGUAGAAAAUGGCGCUGGUGCAGCGGCUCGGGCCUCUCCCCGCGGCGCUGCGGAGGGCUUGAGGCUCGCGAGCCUCACUCGCCGCGCCCCACUUGCUCGUGCACUUUACACACAUGAGAGAAUUGGAAGCUAAAGCUACCAAAGACGUAGAAAGGAAUCUUAGCAGAGUUUUAUCAUGCCAGUUCACGCCUAAGUAAGACAAUGUGUACCUCCUAAGAACCAGGGCAUUCUACAUAACCAUCGCAUUGUCAUGCACGGGGAUUUAGUGCAAGAAGAAGAACAGUUGAUGGAAGAAAAGAAAAAGAAAAAAGACGACAAGAAAAAGAAGGAAGCUGCUCAAAAGAAGGCCACUGAACAAAAAAUCAAAGUGCCAGAACAGAUAAAGCCCAGUGUAAGCCAGCCUCAGCCUGCCAACUCUAAUAACGGCACUUCCACAGCAACCAGCACUAAUAAUAAUGCCAAGCGAGCCACAGCCAACAAUCCGCAGCAGCCGCAGCCGCCGCAGCAGCCGCCACAGCCGCCACAGCAGCCGCAGCAGCCGCAGCCGCAGCCGCAGCCACCACAGGCCUUGCCUCGGUAUCCUCGGGAAGUACCACCACGAUUUCGCCACCAGGAACACAAACAGCUUCUAAAGAGGGGUCAGCAUUUUCCUGUCAUAGCAGCAAACCUGGGAUCUGCUGUUAAAGUGUUAAGCAGCCAGUCAGAAAGCAGUGCUUUAACAAAUCAACAGCCACAAAAUAACGGAGAGGUGCAGAACAGCAAAAACCAGUCAGAUCUAAACCACAAUACUUCAGGAUCCCAUUAUGAAAAUUCGCAGCGGGGACCUGUGUCUUCUCCGAGUGACUCUAGCACAAAUUGUAAGAAUGCUGUUGUGAACGACUCCCCUGAGAAAGAAGUAUGGCCCUCAGUCCCUGGCAGUGAUCCAGAGUUGGCUUCAGAAUGUAUGGAUGCUGAUUCUGUCUCCAGUUCUGAAUCAGAGAGAAACAUCACUAUCAUGGCUUCAGGGAACACAGGUGGUGAAAAAGAUGGCCUUCGGAAUAGCACUGGACUUGGUUCCCAAAACAAGUUUGUGGUUGGUAGCAGCAGCAAUAAUGUGGGCCAUGGAGGUAGUACUGGGCCAUGGGGUUUUUCCCAUGGAGCCAUAAUAAGCACAUGUCAGGUCUCUGUGGAUGCUCCUGAAAGCAAAUCAGAAAGUAGCAACAAUAGAAUGAAUGCUUGGGGCACUGUAAGUUCUUCAUCAAAUGGAGGGUUAAAUCCAAGCACUUUGAAUCCAGCUAGCAACCAUGGUGCCUGGCCAGUAUUAGAAAACAACGGACUUGCCCUAAAAGGGCCUGUAGGGAGCGGUAGUUCCGGCAUCAAUAUUCAGUGCAGUACCAUAGGCCAGAUGCCUAACAAUCAGAGUAUUAACUCUAAAGUGGGUGGUUCUGCCACCCAUGGUACCUGGGGAAGCCUUCAGGAAACUUGUGAAUCUGAAGUAAGUGGUACACAGAAGGUUUCAUUCAGUGGUCAACCUCAGAAUAUUACCACUGAAAUGACUGGACCAAAUAACACUACUAACUUUAUGACCUCUAGUUUACCAAACUCCGGUUCAGUACAGAAUAAUGAACUGCCUAGUAAUACAGGGGCCUGGCGUGUGAGCACAAUGAAUCCUCCUCAGAUACAGGCUCCGUCAGUUAUGAAUGGCACUUCCCUUUCUCACCUUAGCAAUGGAGAGUCAAAAAGUGGAGGCUCUUACGGUACUACGUGGGGUGCCUAUGGUUCUAAUUACUCUGGAGACAAAUGUUCGAGCCCUAACGGCCAAGCUAAUGGUGACACUGUGAAUGCAACUCUAAUGCAGCCUGGCAUGAAUGGGCCUGUGGGCACUAACUUUCAAGUUAACGCAAAUAAAGGAGGAGGCGUGUGGGAGUCCGGGGCAGCGGGUUCCCAGAGUGCGUCAUGGGGAAGCGGGAAUGGCGCCAGUUCUGGAGGAAGUCGAAGAGGGUGGGGAGCUCCCGCACAAAACACUGGCACUAAUCUACCCGGCGCGGAGUGGAGCAAACUGCCUAGCAAUCAGCAUUCCAAUGACAGUGCAAACGGCAAUGGUAAGAAGUUUACAAACGGAUGGAAAUCUACUGAGGAAGAGGAUCAGGGUGCUGCCACAUCCCAGACAAACGAGCAGAACAGCGUGUGGGCCAAAACAGGAGGAACAGUGGAGAGUGAAGGUAGUACAGAAAGCACUGGACGCCUCGAGGAAAAAGCAACUGGGGAAAGUCAGAGUAGAGAUAGGAGGAAAAUUGAUCAGCACACAUUACUCCAAAGCAUCGUGAACAGGACUGACUUGGAUCCACGUGUCCUCUCCAACUCUGGUUGGGGACAGACUCCGAUUAAGCAGAAUACUGCCUGGGACACCGAAACUUCACCUAGAGGGGAAAGAAAGACUGACAAUGGGACAGAGGCCUGGGGAAGCUCUGCCACACAGACUUUUAACUCAGGGGCGUGUGUAGAUAAGACUAGCCCUACUAGUAACGAUACCUCAUCUGUAUCGGGGUGGGGAGAUCCCAAACCUGCUCUGCGGUGGGGAGAUUCCAAAGGCUCGAACUGCCAGGGGGGAUGGGAAGAUGAUUCUGCUGCUACAGGAACGGUCAAGAGCAAUCAGUGGGGGAACUGCAAAGAAGAGAAGUCCACGUGGAAUGAUUCGCAAAAGAGCAAACAGGGGUGGGGUGACGGGCAAAAAUCAAACCAAGGGUGGGCCGUGUCCGCCAGCGAUAACUGGGGAGAAACUUCGAGGAGUAACCAUUGGGGUGAGGCUAAUAAGAAAUCUAGCUCAGGAGGUAGUGACAGUGACCGGUCCGUUUCCGGUUGGAACGAACUUGGUAAAACUAGUUCUUUUACUUGGGGAAAUAACAUAAAUCCAAAUAAUUCAUCAGGAUGGGAUGAAUCUUCUAAACCUAAUCCUUCCCAGGGAUGGGGAGAUCCUCCAAAGUCUAAUCAGUCUCUAGGUUGGGGAGAUUCGUCGAAGCCAGUCGGUUCUCCAGACUGGAACAAGCCACAAGACCUUGUCGGAUCCUGGGGGAUCCCGCCAGCUACAGGCAAACCUCCCGGUACAGGCUGGCUGGGAGGACCUAUACCAGCCCCGACAAAGGAAGAAGAGCCCACAGGCUGGGAGGAACCAUCUCCGGAAUCCAUACGUCGCAAAAUGGAGAUUGAUGACGGAACUUCAGCUUGGGGAGACCCAAGCAAGUACAACUACAAAAAUGUGAACAUGUGGAACAGAAACGUCCCGAACGGCAGCGGCCGUUCAGACCAGCAAGCACAGGUCCAGCAGCUGCUCCCGUCUGCAAGUGCCAUCUCCAGCAAAGAGGCGGGCGGCGGCUCCGGCUGGGGUGAGCCCUGGGGGGAGCCUUCUACUCCAGCCACAACUGUGGAUAAUGGUACUUCAGCAUGGGGUAAACCCAUAGACAGUGGUCCCAGCUGGGGGGAGCCCGUUGCUGCGGCAUCCAGCACGUCCACGUGGGGCUCCAGCUCUGUUGGUCCUCAAGCGUUAAGCAAAUCUGGGCCAAAAUCUAUGCAAGAUGGCUGGUGUGGUGAUGAUAUGCCAUUGCCUGGAAAUCGCCCCACUGGCUGGGAAGAGGAAGAGGAUGUAGAGAUUGGAAUGUGGAAUAGUAAUUCAUCUCAAGAGCUUAACUCAUCUUUAAAUUGGCCACCAUAUACAAAGAAAAUGUCAUCGAAGGGUCUGAGUGGCAAAAAAAGGAGAAGGGAAAGGGGAACCAUGAAAGGUGGAAACAAACAAGACGAAGCGUGGAUAAAUCCAUUCGUUAAACAGUUUUCAAAUAUCAGUUUUUCGAGAGACUCACCAGAAGAAAAUGUACAGAGCAAUAAGAUGGACCUUUCUGGAGGAAUGUUACAAGACAAACGAAUGGACAUAGAUAAACAUAGCCUAAAUAUUGGUGAUUACAAUCGAACGGUCGGGAAAGGCCCUGGUUCUCGGCCUCAGAUUUCCAAAGAGUCUUCCAUGGAGCGCAGUCCUUAUUUUGAUAAGGAUGGCAUUGUAGCAGAUGAAUCCCAAAACAUGCAGUUUAUGUCCAGUCAAAGCAUGAAGCUUCCCCCUUCAAAUAGUGCACUACCUAACCAGGCCCUUGGCUCCAUAGCAGGGCUGGGUAUGCAAAACUUGAAUUCUGUUAGACAGAAUGGCAAUCCCAGUAUGUUCGGUGUUGGAAACACAGCAGCACAAGCCCGGGGCCUGCAGCAGCCUCCAGCACAACCUCUUAGUUCAUCUCAGCCUAAUCUCCGUGCUCAAGUGCCUCCUCCAUUACUCUCCCCUCAGGUUCCAGUUUCAUUGCUGAAGUAUGCACCAAACAACGGUGGCCUGAAUCCGCUCUUUGGCCCUCAACAGGUAGCCAUGCUGAACCAGCUAUCCCAACUAAACCAGCUUUCUCAGAUCUCCCAGUUACAGCGAUUGUUAGCGCAGCAGCAAAGGGCGCAGAGUCAGAGAAGCGUGCCUUCUGGGAACCGGCAGCAGCAAGACCAGCAGGGUCGACCUCUUAGUGUGCAGCAGCAAAUGAUGCAGCAGUCUCGCCAACUGGACCCCAACCUGUUGGUGAAGCAACAGACCCCGCCAGCUCAGCAGCAGCCACUCCAUCAGCCAGCCAUGAAACCUUUCCUCGAGAACGUCAUGCCCCACACUACACCCGAGCUGCAGAAAGGGCCGUCACCAAUAAAUGCUUUCAGCAACUUCCCUAUAGGCUUGAACUCAAACUUGAAUGUAAAUAUGGAUAUGAACAGUAUUAAAGAGCCACAGUCAAGACUAAGGAAGUGGACUACAGUGGACAGCAUUUCUGUGAACACAUCUUUGGAUCAAAACUCCAGCAAACAUGGUGCUAUUUCAAGUGGUUUCAGGCUGGAAGAGUCUCCGUUUGUUCCCUAUGACUUUAUGAACAGCAGUACUUCUCCAGCCAGUCCUCCAGGUUCGGUAGGAGACGGCUGGCCACGUGCCAAAUCGCCUAACGGCUCUAGCAGUGUUAAUUGGCCACCAGAAUUUCGCCCUGGUGAACCAUGGAAAGGUUAUCCAAACAUCGACCCUGAAACUGACCCUUACGUCACUCCUGGCAGUGUCAUAAACAAUCUUUCAAUUAAUACUGUGCGGGAAGUUGACCACCUCAGGGACAGGAACAGUGGGUCAUCCUCAUCCUUGAACACCACGCUGCCUUCAACUAGUGCCUGGUCAUCCAUUCGUGCCUCCAACUACAACGUUCCCCUCAGCAGUACAGCACAAAGCACUUCAGCCAGAAAUAGUGAUUCCAAAUUGACAUGGUCUCCUGGUUCAGUUACAAACACCUCUCUGGCUCAUGAGCUGUGGAAGGUCCCUUUACCACCUAAAAACAUCACUGCUCCGUCCCGCCCACCUCCGGGACUGACUGGUCAGAAGCCACCCUUGUCUACGUGGGAUAACUCUCCCCUUCGUGUAGGUGGAGGAUGGGGAAAUUCUGACGCCAGGUAUACCCCAGGUUCCAGCUGGGGUGAGAGCAGCUCAGGGAGAAUAACAAAUUGGCUUGUUCUAAAGAACCUUACACCUCAGAUCGAUGGCUCAACUCUGCGUACUCUGUGCAUGCAGCACGGCCCACUGAUAACAUUCCACCUGAACCUCCCACAUGGAAAUGCUCUGGUCCGUUACAGCUCAAAAGAAGAGGUAGUGAAGGCACAGAAGUCUCUGCACAUGUGUGUAUUGGGGAACACUACUAUUCUUGCUGAGUUUGCCAGUGAAGAGGAGAUCAGCCGUUUCUUUGCACAAAGUCAGUCUCUGACCCCUUCUCCCGGCUGGCAGUCUCUUGGGUCCAGCCAGAGCCGGCUGGGCUCCCUCGACUGUUCGCACUCGUUCUCCAGCCGGACCGAUCUCAAUCACUGGAAUGGUGCUGGGCUGUCGGGAACGAGCUGUGGAGACCUUCACGGCACUUCACUCUGGGGGGCCCCCCAUUAUUCCACAAGCCUGUGGGGGCCUCCCAGCAGCAGCGACCCCCGGGGAAUGAGCAGCCCGUCCCCCAUUAAUGCUUUUCUUUCUGUUGACCACCUGGGUGGGGGUGGAGAGUCCAUGUAGCGCGUAGACGCAGACUCAAGAACUGUGACCUCAAGACGCGAAAGAAAGGAGCACUAAGUUGGGCUCGCCGCCUGCAGCCAGGGGCCACCUGUGGGAACAGCUAUUCUCUGCACAUUUUCCACUUUGUUUUCCCUGAAACAUAUCAGUUUGAAUACUUGAAUCAUGCAGGCCAAUAUUAUAAUGUGAAAAGGUAUCUAUCUAUUUACACUCCCAAAUAGCGCCAUACAUGCUAAACCGUAUAGAAUGAGCUCACGUGUAUAGUCAUCAUGUUUAGCCUUUGGGUUUGGUUUCUUUUUGUUUUUUUUGUUUUUUGCCUUCCUUGUUUCCCUCCCCGUCCCUUACCCCAUUUUCAUUUUCUUCCCCCCCCUUUUCUUUUUUUUCUUUUUCUUUCCCUUUUUUUUUUUUUUUUUUUUUUGGCAAAACCAUUUUUUUGGGCUGAUAAUGUAUGAGCUUUUAACUUUGCACUGAAUGAUGUUCUCUCCGUCUCAUCGGCAAUAUGGGGGGGCAGCUGUUCCAGUGUAAAUGUUUACUCAAGGAUGUUCUUAAAAGGUGUGCGCUCUCUACUAUGCCUUGAUGUUUGCCUACCUUAUUGUGGUGUUGUGGAGUUUAAAACAUCGAGUUCUGAUGCUGACUUAGGACUAUAAUGAAAGUAUUGCACCAGUGUUUUCAUGUUCUAAAACUAAAGAAUUUCGCUCUGCAGUUUGAAAAACUGUGGCCACAGCUGUGACUUGCAGCCCCCCCUGCCACCCAGGACGGGCCCUGCACUUUGAAUAGGCUUUCCAUUUUGUUUUGAAGGUUCCCACGUUGAACCUUCUUGUUUACAGAUUUUUUUGUUUUUUUGAGAAAAAAAAAAUGUUUACUCUUCCAUCAUUUAAAAAAAAUGUAAAAGACAAAAAAAAAAAAAAUGGAGGAUGAUUUACAAGAUGCUUUCUAUCUCUGGGAAAAAGGAGCAGCAUUUGGCCAUGUUCUUUUGUUUUUCUAUUCCUGUCCUAAAUCGAAGAGCAUGGUUCUCAGGAAAACCAGUUCCCCAGUUAGGAAAAAAUAAAAAAAUAAAAAAUUAAAAAAAAAAAAAAA